AUGGAGCUACCCCUCUUUAACCCUGUGGAAUUCGAAAAACUUUACAACUGCACCUUGUACGAUGAAGGCUACUUUGAUGAAGCUCGAAAGCCAAACACAUUUGUCGGAUUCAUUUAUAUGUCUACCGGGAUGAUUUAUGAACUACUGUACAUACCAUGCUUGAUCACGAUGACUAAACCAAAGUUUUUUAAGACUUCGUGCUACAAGCUGAUGUUUUUUAUUGGUAAGGUUAAUAUCUUUCGAUUAAAACAAGCACUGAAAUUAAAAAAAAAAGUUUUUACUACUAUUCUAUCUUAUUUAUCUUAUCAUUUAGAUGUAUUAUUACUUUAGGCCUAAUUGACAUUCUGACGAUUCCAUUCAAUGCCACCUUGUAUGGUUAUUUUGCUUGGAACGGCUAUGUGUAUUGCGACAGUCCAAAACUGAUGUACUUUUCGGGCGCUUUUACUACCGGUAAGUUACAUGUAAAAGUUUUAAGCCUGAAAUUUAUUUUUAAGCCUAAAAAUGGGUUUCUAAGUUUAUGUUUUAUUUUUAGACAUAAAAUUUUAUUUUAAGCCUAAGAUUAUAUUUUUAAGUGUAAAUGUGUCUUUUUAAACCUAAACUUUUAUUUUUAAGCCUAAAGUUUCAUUUUGAAGCCUAAUGUUCUAUGCUAGGUGUAAAAUUUCGUUGUUAAGCCUAAAAUGUCAUUUUUAAGCGUAGGGUUUCUUUUUUAAGCCUAAGAAUAUAUAUUUAAGUUAAAAUUUUAUUGUUAAGCCUUCGAGCCUAAAUUUAAAAAAAAUUACCUAUUUUUAUAAAUUUCAGCCCUCUGGUGCGCAGCCAGUAUGACCUGUGUCCUGCUAGCCCUGAACCGUCUGUGUGACAUGAUGAAUCGAGAUUUGAUGGAACUUUUGUUCGCUGACAAACGAACCUUCGUAUGGUUCAUAUUCCCUUGUCUCUACUUCUGUUACUUCUUUCUGUUUACAAAACCAUUCAUGUUUACAUCGGCAUUUCAUGCUGGGUUUAGUAAUCCCUACGUUGGUACCAAGUUUCAUGCACAAACCGAAAACACGGUAAGAACAGGCGCAAUAACAUUGGUUUCACAAGGUUGUAUUUUGUAUUUCAGUGUAAUAAUUGGGAGUGAUUAUAAUGGGAAAGUUGAAGAUUGUUACAGAGUAAUGUUUGACAGUUAUUACAAUGUAAUUUUUGAGGGUUAUUACAAUGUAACAUGUGGUACUUAUUACAAUGUAAUUUUUGAGAUUUAAGCUUGUACUUAGCCAACAAGCUAUUAGUUUAGACUUUUUCUUACAGUACAGAGAACAGACAAGAAUCAUAAUAUAAAUACAGCGGAAUCCCUGUAUAACAAAUUCUUAUAUAACAAAAGCCUCAUAUCACGAACAAAUUAUAAAUAUUUUAGUUAAACAGUACACAAUUCAUUUAAAACUCUACAUAUAAUAGUAUACUGAAACUUCUUUAUAAAGAACAGAUUUAACCUGAGCAACUUUUCAUACUGAGUUCCACUGUAUUUUAUAAAAUUUGUAACCUAAAAACCAAAAUUAAAUUCAUAAAAAUUGAUUUUUCAGUACAUGAACUUCUCAUUGAUUGUGCACAAUAUCUGCAUUCCAAUCUUGAUGGUCCUUAUCUACACAAUCAUUUGCAUUUUCUUGUUGUACAAAACAAUGAGACAUCGUGAAGGAGAACGAGGGUUGAGCAAGUAUCAGAAAUCGGUAAGUAUCAAGAACAUUUUAUUUGGCGGUUGUUUUUAGGCUUGACCUUAUAUUUUUUUCACUUAAAAGUCAUUAUUUAAUUUCUAAACCUAAUAUUAAUUUUUUACACUUAAAACGUCAGUUUUAGCCUAAAGUUCCAUUUUUAGCCUAAAGUUUUAUUUUUAAGUUUACGGUUGUUUUUUAAGCUUAAAAGUUGAUUAUUAAGCCUAAACUUUAAUUUUGAAACCUAACAUUUCAUUUUAAGCCUAAAAUUUUAUUUUAAGCUUAAAAUAUUAUCUUUAAGCCCAAAAUGUUAUCUUGAAGCCUAAAAUUCACUUUUAAGCCCAAACUUUCAUUAUCAAGCCUAGCUUUUACUUUUAAGCCUAAAAUGGCAUUUUUAUGCCUAUAGUUAUAUUUUUAAGCUUAAAAUUUUACUUUUCAACCCAAACUUUCCCAAAAAACGUUUUAUUCUUCAGGCAGUAACUCAAUCAAGCAUGUUGUGCUCCGUAUUCGUAAUGGCUCCAAUGAUCUAUGACUACAUGAACUACUUUGGUGCACCACCUUUCAUGGUCGUUAUUGGACAAAUCUGUUGGCAGGGGUGCCAUGGUAGGUCAAUUUGUAUAGUUUCUAGCUUAUUUUUGAUUAAAUAAGUCCCGCUCUAUUUACUUUUUGACCAUUAAAAGAGUUUAUAUUAGCUUAUAUUGUUUUACUGGCCAAAUGAAGGCAGUUCUAUUUACUUUUUGACUAUUAUUUGGAAAUUUAAAAAAAAUAAUCAAAAAAAGAUUUCUUGAAAUUUCGAGUUAUAAAAUUUAGAUGUAAGUCUAAAACUCAACAUUUCAGGCAGCGCAGUUAUCAUUUAUCUUGUGUUCAACAAGACCUUGCGCGACGAGAUGUUCAAACUUUUUUUGGGCGGAAAAUUGAAAAUUUCAAUGUCAAUUUCGAACGGACAAACUAAUACUCGAACAGCAUCGAUGGUGCCACAAUCAGAAAUUUGA